AUGAAUAAGCUCACAGCGUUGUUGGCGUCUUCCCUUUGCGUCGUCGCUGUCCAAGCGGGGCACCUCGGCCAUGGCGUCGUUCCGGCCUAUGUUGCGACACAGCAGCUUUACUACAAACCACAGCCGUACGUGUUCGGGUACGAGAUCAAGGACGCCUGGGGCAAUACACAGCACCGGCACGAGGUCGGCGACGAGUACAACACCAAGCGCGGCUCAUACGGAUUCACGGACGCGCACGGAAUCUACCGGCGCGUCGAGUACGUGGCCGACGGUCACGGGUUCCGCGCCGUCAUCAAGACCAAUGAACCCGGCACCAAGUCGCACCACGCGGCGCAUGCGCACUACCACUCGAACGCCCCUCAACACGUGGUUCACCACGGCCACCAUCAUAAGGAGCAGCUAGAGGUGCCCGUCUACGUCGACGCGGCGCCGCACCAAACCGUGAUCGUCGCUUCUGCGGAACAAGGGCACCACGGGUACCACUAGAGUAUUUUGGCGUAGCAUUAGUGUAGAACCGUUAGCGUUACCUCUGCCGCAUCCUCCAUACUACACAUGAACGGUAAGCCCCUCUCAUUUGCAGUCGGUGGCACAGGCGGUAUCGGCAACGGUAAUGAUAGAACGGUAACGCUAUGCUGAAACCGAGCACGGACCGUGUAGUGAUUUGAGAGUCCGGCUUCGCCUGCUGUCUCAUGCUUCGCUUCAGCUCAAUCCGCUACUGUUUACAUGAUCUCCGGCUGGCAAA